AUGGCGAAUCUUCAUAGUCUACCGCAAGAGCUUCUUGAUACUAUUCUGGGAUAUCUCGAUAUUCAAACCCUUGGGGUUCUGCGUCUUGUUUGGCCCUCCCUCGAACCAAUCAUCCUCCCCCGCCUAUUUAGUGUCGUACGGCUCUCCUUCUUGGAGAAACAUCGACUUCAAUUCCUAGGGAUAUCGUCUUCGCCGCAUUUAGCACCUCAUGUUCGAAUUCUACGAUGGAAUUCGUUAUGGCACACGGGACAGGGUAUUGGACUUUCUCAGCUGCUGGCGUUUCUCUCCAGUGAUGCUAUCCCGACGUUUCGUCCACUGUUCUUGGAGGGGCUAGACGCCAUGGCCAAUCUCAGGACCUUUACCACCGUCAUUCUAGAUCCUUCGCAGUCGCUAGGUGCACUCUGGCACGAGAAUUUGGCACUUCGAAGGGCUCCAUCUGGCGGACUCUCUAAGUUGGAUCUUGUCCAAGGCUUUGACAACUUCCUUGUGCCAACUAUGCUUCGUUUCGAGUCGAAAAUAGAGUCCCUCCGUCUUUCAUGCCAGAGUAUCAUCAUUGAAGAUACAAGCCCACGACCCGAUAGCUCAACAGGGACACGGCAUGGAAGAGACCUCGCCGGCGACUUCCCAUCGUACAAUAGGGCUUUGAUCGAGGCUUUUCGAUCGCUCAGGGUAAGACUCGAUUCCUUCGCACUGGGCAAUAUCAAGGAGAUCGAUCUUUGUGCUGCAUUCCCUUCCGCCAUAGCCUCGGAAUUUCAGCGGAGAGAAUUACAGUCACAACUGCACGAUAUAGUCUCCGCUGCCAAGGGACUCCGAGUCUUAUCUCUGCGCUCGACAGACCCUGAGUCUGAACUUGAGCCUAACAGUAGAUAUUCGACUAUCUUCACAGGGCUCCACACAUUGGAGUUCAAGUAUCUGAACACACUCAAACUUGUGAACCUGGUAUUUUCCAUCACGGAAUUCAACGAAUUACUUGCAAAGCGUGCAGAAACGCUGCAGCACAUUCUUCUAUACAAUUGCACCGGAAGCGAAGCAGGGCUUUUAGAUGUGAUUAGGUUUGCGGCCGCUGACCCGUCCAUACAUUUACACAGAUUUUCAGUUUGUGUAUCUGAGACUAUUGACUUAGGCCCCUGGAAAGUAGGUCAAACUAUGGCAGCACAAAUCAUACCCGAGCAGGAGAUCCUUGGCUUUAUCAACAAUGAUAACGGCGUGGAACAUGUGGCUGUGGAUCCUUUCUUGCACCGUCAACCCAUUGGCGCCGACGACUGGCAAUCCGCUUCCGAACGAACUGGACUGACGGAUACGGACGGAUUAGAGAUUGAUCAUUAUACAGACUUAUGGGCGACUGCAGUUGAGAGUCCGGAGACCUUGGGAUAUGAGUGGCCACGGUGGGGGUCUUUACACUAUGCUUGCAAAGCAUGCCGCAGGCUUUCGGGCUUUGAGUAA